UGGAGAGGCUGAGAGACUGAGAUAGACCCAGAGAGUGGUGGCAGCUUGGAAACGGAACCCCUGAACGUGUAGAGCGACCUCCACGAGUCAGGGCUCCAGGCUGCCUCAGUCAGACCUCCAUUAGUCGGGCUCCAGGCUGCCUCAUCAGACCUCCACGAGUCUUGGCUCAAGGCUGCCUCAGACCUCCACUAUAGUCUGACUCCAGGCUGCAUCAGACCUCACACCGACCGACCGGUUGUAGAGCGACCUCCACGAGGCUCAAGGCUUCCUCGGAUCUCACACCGACUGACCGGGUGUAGAGCGACUUCCAGACUAACCAGAGACAACUUCAGUGAUCACCUUAACACCCGGGCGAUAUAUCACAGAGACGGACUGACGUUAACAUCGGCGGAACGUGUUUCCUGUUGGCCGCUGGGGUCUGACACAAACUUGCGUGAGUGUCGAGUUGAGAAACACAGGAAGGAGCCAUGAAACGGAUGUGCCCCAGUGAAGCAUGCGUUCAGCACGUCUCCUCCGGCUCCCGGUGCUACUGUCGGUAGUCUGACAGGGUAGCCGAGGCGUAACUGGGGAGCUGCCGUUUUCUUCCAUCCGUCUGGAUCCAAACCUUCAUCUGCCUUAGUUUUGUGACCGUCACGGCAUCGGGAGAAUCUGUGUACUCUGUGAGAAACUAUGGGGACCCAGGGCGCAGGAAGGAAGAGAAACCCGAACAAGGAGAGGUCGACGGCGGAGGAUGACGCCCUCAACCUCAUAGCCAGAGAGGCUGAGGCCCGGCUAGCAGCUAAGAGAGCAGCCAGGGCCGAGGCCAGAGAGAUCCGCAUGAAGGAGCUGGAGCGACAACAGAAGGAGAUCUUUCAGGUCCAGAAGAAAUAUUAUGGGCUGGAUACCAAAUCAGAAGACCGAGGGGACACCAAGUGGGGAAACAUUGAACAAUGGAUGGAGGACAGUGAGCGCUACUCACGCCCGUCACGGACCACCACGCUUUCAGAUGAAGAUGAACGGAUGUCCGUGGGGAGCCUGAGCAGCGUCAGGAGCUCCUCCUUGCACUCGCACAAGAAAUCAAAGAAAAAGAAGAAGCACAAGCACAAAGACAGAGAUGACAACGGCUGUGAUGACGGUUACAGUGUGGUAUCCAGCCGGAGCUCCAAGCUCAGCGACGAGAGCAGAACCUCUCGCUCUUCCAGGCUUGACCUUACGAGCUCCCGAUUGAGUGAGGACAGCCGGCUCUCACGGGGGUCCCGACUAGACCUGCAGACGGCCCCCUAUGCCUCCUCCUCUCUCUCCAGACAGCCAGCCUCUCUGUACAAUGGCUACCAGAGCUCGCUGUAUGAGGACGGCCUGGGCAGUGCUUCCCGGCGGGUCAUUGGCUCCAGCUCUCGACCAUCAGACUACAGCAGCUACCGGGGGUCCAACUCCAGAGCCUCGUCCCGGGCCAGCUCGGCCCGCGCCAGCCCAGUGGACAACCACAGCUCUGUGGCCGGCUUCUUGCGGAGCGCGAGCAGCAGCGUUCUCUCAAAGGACCUGGAUGACGUCACUAUCCCUGAUUUCUCAGAUGUGGAGGACAGAGAUUAUAUCGAGAAGGGGUCCCGGGCAGCCUCUGCCUUAACCGCUGGGACCCUCACCGCGUUGGGGGGCACCUCCUCCCGGAGAGGAAGUGGCGAGACGGCAAUCACCGUAGAUAACGAGACGUCCAUACGAGAGAUCAAGGAGAUCCAUGAGCUGAAGGAUCAGAUUCAAGAUGUGGAAUCAAAGUACAUGCAGAACCUCAAGGAAGUUAAGGACGCCUUGGUGGAGGUGGGUGAGAAGUACCGCAAGGCCAUGGUGUCCAACGCCCAGCUGGACAAUGAGAAGAGCAACCUGCUGUACCAGGUGGACACGCUGAAGGACUCGCUCACCGAGCUUGAGGAGCUGCUGGCCGAGGCGCGCCGCGAGUACGAGGAGAAGAACAAGGACCACGAGCGGGAGAAGCACGCACACAGCAUCCUGCAGUUCCAGUUCAACGAGGUGAAGGAGACCCUGAAGCAGAGCGAGGAGCUGCUCAACGAUAUCCGCCAGCUGCGCUUGAAGCAGGAUGGUUUUAUCCGAGAAAUAUCGGACCUCCAGGAAACUGUUGAGUGGAAGGAUAAAAAGAUUGGGGCCUUAGAGCGACAGAAAACAUAUACGGACGCGAUCCGAGUGGAACGUGAUGAGUUGAGAGAUGAGGUGGUUCAGCUGAAAGACAUUCUCAAGAAACAUGGCAUCGUUCUGGGACCGGAUCUGAACAUCAACGGGGGUAUUGUUGAGCCAGGAACCGAUGGAUCAUCGGAACCCGGGUCCCCCCUGGGUCCAGACCACAUGGCCUCCCCCACAGAGGGCAACAGCAGCAUGCUAGGCAGCGCACUGGAGUCUGAGUUGAGGACUAAACAAGAGGAAGAGGUGGAUUCAGAAGAACCGCAAGAUCGACAAAAACUUGAGGAAGCAGGAGACCGCUGUUUGACCUCUGCUGAAGCCCCUAGUCUUGCUAGUGAUUCCUCCACAGAGACUUCUAGAGACCCCGACUCCACGUGCUGGCCCAAAGUGGAGGACCGUCCAGGAGAAAGUGCCCCUUGCCCAGAGUUAGAUUUAGAAAGUGCCAGUGUAAUCAGAAAUAUACAAACUAGUGCUACAGAGAUGAAGGGGGUCAUAACAGAACAGGAGGAGAUGGUUGAAGAAGGUGCAUUGAGCCAUCGUUUAGAUUUAAUCACAAACAUCGUUAAUAAAGAGGAUUGCAGCGCAGAGUUGAAUGGGGUCAUAUCAGCGCAGGGUGCUGAGCUGGCUGUGAGUGGGGCAGACACAGUGGAAGAGGCUUUGCUCCAGACAAGUACAGAAGGCAUGGAAAACAACCAAAUGAUAACCGAUCUUUCUGAAACCAUUGUGGCUGAGGUCAUGAGGGCCAUUUUAGAGACUCCCAGUAAGGAUUUGCAUGAAGACCAAGCAACUACCCUGGAUAAUAUCCAAUCACAAAGGAGCAAUGAGGGCCAAUCGCCACAGAAAGAUGGAAAUGAAGUGAACCACAUCAAAGAGUCCGUCGGACCAAUCAGCACGCCCCCUGAUGAGUCACCCACCAUCGGACCAAUCGCCAUGUCUGAUGAGUCAUGCCCAGUCGGACCAAUCACCGCGUCCCCUGAUGAGUCAUCCACAAUAGGACCAAUCAGCACGCCCCCUGAUGAGUCAUCCACCGUCGGACCAAUUGUCAUGUCUCCUGAUGAGUCAUGCCCGGUCGGACCAAUCGACAUGUCUCCUGAUGAGUCAUGCCCGGUCGGACCAAUCGACAUGUCUCCUGAUGAGUCAUGCCCGAUCGGACCAAUCGCCAUGUCUCAACCUGAGCCUGGGAACAUUGAGGACAUUGAGAAUGAGGAAUUAGAGAAUGAGGAACUGUCCAACAAACUGCAGACCAAGGGAGCCGGAGGCAAGAAGAAGAAAAAAAAGAGGAAAGGCAAAAAGAAGAAAGCAGGACUUCAGGAGGAGGAGAAGAAGCAAAGUGAGGAGGAUGUAAAUGAAGGAACCACACCAGAGAAUGAGAAAGAAAACAACAAAAAAAAGUUGAGUAGAAAAGAUGAUGGAUCUGAGAUUCCCAGUUCCAGCCCCCUCCAAGUCCUUAAAGGAUCUCAAAUGGAUCCACCACAGGAGAACCAAGAUACAGAUGGUGUUUUGGAACCUGGGAUUGUGGUAGCUCAGGUGAGCAGCUCUGUUUCCAACGCAGAGUCCAAUCUGGACGUGUCCGAUCCUGACACUGUUCACCCACCCUGUUUAGCUAGUCCUAGUCAGGAGAGUGUGCUCCCAGCAAAGGCAGUUGCCUCACAAUUCGAGCCAGAGGUUGCUGCUACUGCAGCAACAGAUGAAACUGGUCCCGUAAAUGAGUUUAUCUCACAUCAUACAACUCCCAACCCUAUAGAGAGCUUUGAGGCCCCAGAUAUGAACAACUAUGGUAAGAAAACUGAAUCAACCAGGUUUAAUGUAGCCAUUGAUUCAUUACAUGCAGCAAAUGAAUCCCCACGUGAGGAUGAGGUGGAACAGUCCAACACCAGCUCCCUUCCAGUGUGUCUGGAGAGCACAUCCAGCCCUCAGGAGCCAUUGGAGACAACUCUAUCCACAGAUCAGGUCACUUUAGGUAACGAUGGGGGGGAUGUGCAUGUCAAGUGUGAGACACCUCUCGGAGAUACUUUUCAGAUAGAGGACUCAGGAGAGCAGAAGGCAGGGGUGGAAGAGGAACAAACCUCCCCUUCUUGUCGUCUACUCGGGGCUGUGGCUCAUUGUGAUGAGCCAGAAAUUGAUGAGUUGGAAAACAUGCUUAAAGUAGAGGGAACUUUAGUCCAUACUGACAACUCUGAAGGAAUAUCCGACAGUGUGUUAGCAGAGGAAACCUUCACUGAGAUUACCAAUGAUAUAUCUAGUCUUCCGAAAGAAGGAACCGUUUUGAAUUCAUCAGUGUUUGAGGAUAAUGUAGAAGGGACAAAUCUUGCCGUCGUCAUUUCUAGUGAGGCAGAAAGAUUAAUUGAGAUCACAGAUGGAGUUGCAAAGAGGAUUUCCUCUCCUGAUCAGAAACAACAUGAUUUAGGAUUGGACAUCUCAGUGGAGCUAGAACAAGAUUCUGACCAGGGCCAUGUUCCGAAAUUAGAUACGCCUUCAUUUCCUAUGGAAGGCCAGGAGAAUGAAGUGAGUCAAAUCGAGGAACUGAAGAACCAGUCAGAGGAAUUAGCUGAGGUUCAUUCAGUUCAGGAUGAGAAACACAAUGAUAGAGCAUCAGCAAUCACAGAGGAGCCAGAACCUGAACCUGACCAGAGCCAUGUUCAGGAGCUUGAGACGCCUUCAAAUCCGGUUGAAGACCAGGAGAAUAAAGAGCUGGAAACAGAAUCACACCAAGUAAUUCGACUGGACAGUGAUUAUCUUAAUGAUGAGGAUGAAAAUGAUGAAGGACAUUCAUUUGACUUUGACGAAAUGGAUUUAGAGGCUUCGUUAUCCGUUACUUUGACACCAACAAACAAGACACCUGAGAAAGUGACAAGGCUUAUGCCACAAGAUGCAAACAGUGAUGUCUCUGAGCUUGGCCAAUGCGAGGCCUUCCAGAUGAGCGUCCAGAAGGGGUCGGAGCUGCGUCCUGAAGGGGAAUCCCUGGAGACCCCCAAACAGACAGAGACGGCUGAAGGCAUUGCAGGGGGUCCAUUAGGUCACAAAGAUUCCACUUCAUCUCAAGAACCUCAAACCACAACAGGAGAACAAAAUGAGUCCCAAACAGCAGAGGUGGUAAUUGACCAGCUGCUGCGAAGCGUAGCGGAGGAUGUGGGAGGAGUGCAGGAGCAGAGCCACACUUUAGUGGAGGAGGGAGUGGAGCAGCUUGGUGGUUCAGGAGACGUAGAGUUUGAGAUGGGAAGAGAGGCUUUGGGUUCAUCCAUAGCUGGAGGACAGGAAGUCGUCAAAGAUGUGCUGCUGGGCGUUGGGAGUGCAGAGGGUCAGGUUAGCAGGCAAACAGACCCAUUUCCCCCCAAGAUAGAGUCUAAAAACAGCCAGAAAGCAAAGGGAAAGGGCAAGGGGAAGGCCAAAGAGGACUGUAAGAUGUCUUAGUUUUUGUAGUUGCAAUGUAAGACUUUUUAUACAAAACUUGUAUACAAAGUAUCUUGUCACUUUCCACCAUGCAAAAGUGAACACAAAAGGGACCAAAAAACAGAGGAAUUUACAGGAAUAUUAUUCAAAGAUGUAGUUACAUUUGAGACUUUGAAUGUAUUGAAGAACAUGCUAUUUAUUCAGAUAUGCAUCCACCGACUAGCAGUCUAAAAUCGUUUAUUUUCUUGCACUAUGUUGUUUUUCUGUAUUAGUUGUAUAACUUCACUGAAAUUAGAUACCUUUUGUUUAGUCACUUGCCACAUGCCUUGCAUGACGAUUCAAGGCACAUGCCUUGGUAAAAGUCAUUCAUAGAUAUUUCAUAACUAUUAAGAUAAUGCUUUCAGUGUUUUUUGGUCUGUUGCCUAACUGUUACUUUUGAGCAAAUUAACUGUCAAACCAAUUUCAGACUUUCAAUAAAAAAAGUUUUUUGUAUCCAA